GUAGCAUUUUCAGAAAAAUGGCACUGGCACGAAGUUUCACAGAAAGCGGUAGUGAUGAAGUGAGGGACGGCAUUGUUGACGCCUGUUCCUACUGCGCAACAAAAGGAAAACUACAACCAGCCACGCAUUUCUGCUUCGAUUGUGGCGUAUAUGGAAGAUAUAUCUGUGGUGAAUGUUUGCAAAAUCAUAACAUGUUCGUUAACAACCAUGUUGCAGAAGUUAUUGCUAUUCUAUCCAGCUCAAGAAGGAAACAGCUACAAACGGACCUUGCGGUAGAAAGACGGAAAUCAGAAAGCAUAGCUAAAAAACUUACAGAAGCAUUGCAGGAACUAGAUAUUCACAAACAAAAAAGAUAUGACGAGUUGUUGGAAACCAGAAAGAAGCUGGAAGAGGAAGUGAAUGAAAAACAGGAAAGAAUAUUCAUAAUGGAAAUACAACUUGAACGGAGUCAUACUGAACAAUUUAAGCUACAGGAUAGAUUUGAUAGACAGACGCAUGAAUUCGAGGGAAUAAAGAAAAAGUUAACAGAAACUUCUGAAAACAACAUAACAUUAAAUAAAGAGAAGAAGCAGUUAGAAAAGAAGCAUGAAGUGCAUAUAGCCGAGAUGUACGACACCAUGGCUGAUGAGAAACGAAAACAUAAUAGUGAAAUGCAGAAACUUACGAGGGACCGAGAUGAUAUCAGAGACAGGUUGAAACUAUUAACUGGUGUUAAAUUAUCUGAGCAAAAUGCUGAUAUUGCUGACUUGAGUGAUCCAUAUAGAGCCAUUGAGGUGUCAGAAAGAUUUGGUCAGUUAUAUGAUGAUGAAUGGAUAGAUGCAUUUGAAACACUAACAGAAAAGAAGAUGGGCUUAUCAAUGAAAGAAGCCAUUGCUUUCUUACUACGACUUGUGCAGUACGAGUGUUUCUGGGAUGAAACACAUGAUAUUAAAACAUUUACUGUAGUUGAUCAAUGUUGUCUUUAA